UUUUUUUUUUUUUUCUAAUUUGAAAAAAGACUUGAAAAGUUUUCAGACAGUUUUCUUUGUACCGAAGGACGCAAUAUACUUUUAGUUUGCAAAGUUUGGAAGGGAGUCUGUGUGUUUUAAUCCCUCCAACUUUCCUUUAAUAUACUUUGUUUUGAUUAGCGAAGGCUGGGCCUUGUGCUAGUGAAGUUUCGGGGGCCGGGAGCGUCCUCAACACCAUUUGCCUGGCUUCCUUCUCCCUGAAUCUGGGUGAAAGCAAACAAGCUGGUCUUUUUUGCUAGCCCGAUAAAUGCUAUUUAUGAAGAUGGACCUGUUGAACUACCAAUACUUGGACAAGAUGAACAACAAUAUUGGCAUUCUGUGCUACGAAGGUGAAGCAGCUUUAAGAGGUGAGCCCAGAAUGCAGUCUCUCCCAGUAUCCUCUGCUUUAACCAACCAUCGGACAGGCCCUCCUCCGAUCAGCCCCAAUAAGAGAAAGCUCAGCAUGGACCAAGGGGAUGAUGAGAUAGACUGUGAAAAUGAACAUGUUUCUAAAAUGAGUCGAAUGUUCAAUCCACAUCUAAACAAGACUGCCAAUGGAGAUUAUCGGAAGGAGCACAGAGAGAGGAGUCGCAGCCCGAUAGAGAGGGCUGCUGCCCCAACCAUGAGCCUUCAUGCCAAUCACAUGUAUGCUUCAAUCCCAAGUCUGACGAUGGAUCAACCUCUCGCACUGACCAAAAACAGCAUGGAUGCAACCCGAACAGUUGGCAUCACACCUACACUGACUUCUGUGGAACGGCAGCAGAACCGUCCGUCUGUCAUCACGUGUGCUUCUGCCAACAACCGGAACUGCAACCUCUCUCACUGCCCCAUUGCUCACAGUGGCUGCGGUUCAGCAGUGCCUGCCUACAGAAGACCCUCUAGCACUACCACUGCCUGUGACCCAGUGGUGGAAGAGCACUUCCGCCGAAGCCUUGGCAAGAAUUACAAGGAGCCUGAGCCAGUGGCAAACUCUGUGUCCAUCACAGGAUCAGUCGAUGACCACUUUGCCAAAGCACUUGGGGAUACAUGGCUUCAGAUUAAAGCUGCGAAGGACGGAGUGUCGAGCAGUCCUGAGUCUGCUUCACGGCGGGGCCAGUCUUCCCCAUCCUCCCACAUGGUCAAUCAUAAUCACUCGCCCUCUGUUGUCUCAUGAAGAGAGGACCGUUACGUUUGUGAAUUUGCAUGGUUUGACUGAGCUUUGAACAGUGCUUAAAAUAGUGUUGGGGGAGGGGAGAUUAGUUUUCAACACAUGUGUUUUGCGUACUCACUUUUUAUUUGUAAAAGGGUGCCCUUAAAGAUGAUAGCAGGAACUAUUUCAUAAAGAUUCAUAUGAUGUAGCAUCCUUUUUCCUGCCUCAAUUACCAAAGAAACCUCUGAUGCAAAUCUGCUGCCCCUUAAAAAAAAAAAAAAAAUGCACGCUAAUCCACAAAAGCCAUUAUUACACGUAGUUGGUUGACCCAAAUGCUUUUUGCUUUUACUAGCUUCUUGAGACUAGAAUUUGUCUGGUUUGCUUACAUUACCUUUUUUUUUUUUUUUUUUUUUUCUCCCUCUGUGAAGUAAUUUUGUAUGUAUAUACUUGAAAAGAACUGUCAUGUAUGAUUUGCACUAUUGGAGGAGGACUGAAGUUGCAUAGCAACUUUCUGGAAAGAUGCUAAUAUUUUGAGGGCAAACUGCUGAAAAGAAAAAGGUUUAAGGAUGACAUUUCUAUCAGUUUGAUUUUUCUUAAAGCAAAACAGCUUUGGAAGGGGAAGUCUCAUACAGGUUAUAGGUCUUUCUCUCUUUAGAUUUCAGGUGCUUAGUGCUUGCAACUGGACUGCAUAAUUUACAGAACACGGGCAUUUUUUCCUAAACACUGCAGUUUGUUAGAAUAGAGCUGAGGUUGGAGGGUUCAAUAGUGCUUAACGAUGCAUGUUUUAUGAAAAAUAGCUGGUAUCUAUUAAUGUAUAGACAGUAAGAAUCAUAAUACUUAUUAGCUUUUCUUCAGAAUUAGUUUAUUUUUGUCAGUAACAAUCCUAGAUAUACUUACUGCUGGUACAGUUGUACUCUAUGAUAUUUGUAUUUGAUAUUCACUUUAGUAGCAGCCAGCAAAAGAGGACAGCCUCAGGACAGGCCUCAAACGACGCAGGUUAGAAGUAGAUGAUGCGUGGUACAGGAUGCUAUAGCUUUGCGCACGGCUGAGUCGUUGUUUCUGUCUGCAGCCCUGUCUGCUUAGCAGAACUUGCUUCCUACAACUAAGUCUGUGUAGUCCACCUUUAAUUAGCUGCAGAAACUGCUACCGUUGCGUAUCUUGGCUGGACAACAGAUUGUUACAGUUUGUGAAAUAUGAUCUUUAAUUUUUGUAAGCUUAUUCAUAAACCUAUGCCAAGUUGCAGCAUACAUUCCUCCAUUAGAAAACUUUAUACAGGUAUUACCGCAUUUAUUGUAUUAAUAGCUACUAACUAGAAAUUAGGCAAUAGAGGCAGGCAUAAACCCCACAGCUGUGCUAGUACGAAGCGCUUCUCCUCGUUACGUAUAACUUCUCUCCCCAUACAUUCCAUCUUCCCAGUACAGUUGCAACUAGGCCUUCGUUUUUAUACUGGGUUACCUGAAAGGAUUGGUUCAGUGUAAAAAGUUAGAACUAGUUGGAAGAUGAACUACACGUGAUGUAUUAUGGACUGUGUUACAGUAUUGGGUCCAUUGUGGCUUUUAUGUUUGGUGUUGUUUGGUUUUUUGUUUUUUUUUGUUUUUUGUUUUUUUUUAAAGUUAAGCUAUUUAAUUUGGAAGAGGUGCAGGGUAGAAAGAUCAGGAGAUUGGCUCUGACUUGUUGAGAGGUGGCUGCUCAAUUUUCUUUGAAAAAAAUUUUUAAAAAAAGGAAAAAAAAAAACAACAAAAAAACCCCUAAGCCCCCAGUUUUACACAUUUCACUUCCAUCUUACUGGGUAGUCAACGCUUCCUUGCUUUGGCAUUCAGUACCCUACUCUCUGUAGGAAGAUUGUUAAAAAACACUUUUUUAUAUAGGUAACUUUAAGACCAUCGUUACGCUGUGCGUAAAGAAUGUACAGAGAAAUUUGUAGGUAUUUUUUGAGGAACAAUUAAUUUGUUAAUGAUAUGUAGCUAUUUAAUUUUUCCCUUUCCUUUAUUGUAAUCAUUCAUUUUUUUUUUUUGUUUGGAGAAAAAAGUUGAUCUUUUUUUUGUUGUAGAUUUGUCUGUAAUACAGUAAAAGUGCAGGAACACAGUUAUUCUAUGAGAACACUGCAUUAGCAUUAAUAGCCACUAGUUUGUUACUGCUACAGGCUACUGAGCAUUAUAACAGUAAAAUACUAAUACUGUAGAUGGACUCUGUGGAAAAUGUGACUCCUAUAUUUCUUUGUAAACACAAAUAAUGUUUUUAAAGCUAAUAUUUUCAAUAAUAGCUGUUUUACAAGGUUACAUUUACUUAUCUGAGAUAGGUAAAUGGAUUUGAGGGCAAUAAAGAUUUAAUGUGAUAUGUCCGGUAAAACAUAUAUUAAAGACAAUAAUGCCAUGAAAGCCAAAGGGUUGGGGGGAGGUGGAUGGAAACUAAACUGAACUCACCAUCGUGACGUGGUGAAGUUUCUUCACAGAGCCAGGUUAACUACAGUUCAGUUUGAAAAAGUCUCUCUGUGUUUGUAAAUCUGUAAUAUACCAUUCUUUUGUGGCCUUGUUUCACCUGGAGAAAAAAAAGGGUUGGCAGGCCAUCUUUUUUUUUUUUUUUUUUUUUGUACUUAAAAGUAGCCUUAAAGAACAAUAAAGUGCUCUUAAAUCACAGGUGUGUACAUACUCUUCUGUAUUGUUUGGUAAGAAAGGAAACUGAUUUCUAUACUUCUUGAGCUGGAACCAGAAACAAACUACUGUUCCUGUCCUGUUUUUUUUCCUUCUGAGGAAACUCGUCUCAUUUGGGAUUCUUUUGCCCUGUUGUUGAACAGACAGAGGGCUAUUUCUUUAUCCCUCCCUAGUUACGGAGUUUUCAAGAAAUACACUUUGCAAUUACAAAGAGAACCUGUUGCUGCCUCUGCAGCGAUGGGCAAAAAUACCAGCAGCUUUGGGAGCACAUCUCAGGCACUGAAUGCACUGCUGGCAGAAUUCCCUCUGAUCAGGUCCUUGACUGUUUGCCCAGUAUUGCUUUCCCUACAGGGCUGAGGCAGCUGCUCGUGUUCCUAGUGUUGCUC